AUGGUCAAAUCUACUGUUGCCGAGUCUUCACGUACCUCCCGCUCAAUAUACCCUAAACCGAGCGCAUUUUCCCUAUCCCACUUCUCCGUACGUUUAGACCCAUUUUCCCUGCCAACCCCCCUGUUGGAAACUAACAGCUGUGUGACUAUAGACUGCUGAUUUUAUCGUAAAAGACUUCGUAGAAGGCCUUACCGGCUCUGCUAUACCCCCGAAUCGUCGGUCGGGAGCAAAUUUUGGCAGUAUCACUCUCCAUUUACUCUAGUCCAGUGCUUCGAUGGCUAAAACAUGGCUCAGCACUAACCUUUGACCCCAAACCCUACAUCCGCACAUUCGAAGGAGCUCUAGAGCGGCUGAAAGACCUUGAUGAAGGCCUCUCAGCCAAAGAGUCCGAACUUAAAGAAGGUGUGAGAAGGGCAGAGAUCGACCACGCCCGCACAAUCGAUCGCUUAAGUCUUAAAUUUAACACCACCUUAUCAGAGUUUCAACGCCUGGACACUAGUAUCACCGAUGGUGGGGGUAUGGCCGCUAGGAUUGGUGGGCAACUGGAGCAGUUAGAGAAGCAACAUCAGCGGGCUGAAGAUGCAAAGUUCUUAAUACAGUGCUAUAUCGAGUUUAGCCGUGGAGAUACCUCUCGGCUAGAAAAGCUGCGGCGAACUCCCUGGGUUGAAGAUAGUAUCAAAUGUGCUGUUGUGAGCCGGCAGUUGAGCUUGAUUCUUAAAAGGAACGAGGGAACCGCCCGGCCGGGGACAAAGGAGCUGAUCGAAGCUUUCUCUGAAAGCCUUGAGCAGGAUUUACUAAAGCAAUUCGACGAUGCAUAUCGGGAAUUUAAUGUUCCGGCCAUGAAAGGCUGCGCCAAAGUCUUGCACGACUUCAAUGGUGGGACAUCAGUCAUCAGCAAUUUCCUGAACCAAAUGGACUUUUUUAUUGCUGCCAGCAAGAUCAAUGCUGGCGAAAUUGUCAUAGAAGACGACCUCAGGGAACAGUUAUCAGACCCCGAUGCAAACCCCCCGGGGCUAGACCCAAGUCUACUAACCCUAAUUCAUGAAAUCCGAGAUGUGCUAAAAAUGGAAUCAGAAACCAUCAAAGAGGUAUUCCCGUAUCCAGAAGCAGUCCUGGGCACCUUCUUGCAAAGGGUUUUUCAACAAUCCUUGCAACAACGGCUGGAGAUGGUACUAGAGCACGCUUCUAAUAUCUCUACCCUCGCUUUCCUGCGCACAUUACAGGUUUCCAGAGCGCAUGUCAUGACGCUGUCAGAUGAUUUGAAGGCUCACGGACUGACAGAACACCCUGGGCCAUUGAGUUCUGGGACGACGAUGCUUUUAGACCAGAAUGUUGAAGAACUAUUCGCACCAUACCUGCAAGAUAGAGGAUAUAUGGAGAAGGAAAAGGAGAGCUUGGAGCAGCUAUAUACAGGGCUUCUGCUUAAAUUCCACAUGUUUCAUGUUUGCUCCUCCCCACCCCCCCCCCAAAAGCUCCCUAUCUCACAAAAACAGGAACAACGCAAGGAGCAGAAACCCCUCGGAGUCCUUGACCGACUCAAGAAGUCCCGAGAACGAGCCAUAGAAAAAGUCCUCGAAAGUGAGCUUGCAAAGUCGCAGAGCGAUGCCCUCAGCAAGAUGAUCGGCUUCGAGCGCAAAGCUGGGAAAGAUAGCCAUCUUUCCGACGUACUACUAUCCGAUACGGAUGGGAAACUAAACGUCGAAUUCCCCAAAAGAAUGCUCAAGUGGCUUGCGGAGGCUGUAGGAAGAAGUCUAGAGCUGAGUUCGCAGGCUGAUACGUGUGGCCCUACUUUCCCUGAGUGAGGAUUUGGGACACUAAUGAGCGCAGCCCAAGGGACGUAUCCAUAAUGCUAAAUAUCCUAAUCGAAAAUAUGAGGACUAUGUAUUUAGAUAUCGCUCUAGACGCGUUCGCGGCCCUUACCUCUAGCUCGAGUCCCCCGCUAAUACCCUCUAUAGCGCCACUGAGACCGCCGAAGCUCAGACAAAAGGCGAACCGGAUCUAUCAUACCUACAAGAGCUAAAGCCCGCUACCAUAAUAAUGCACCUAAUGUUCUCAUUCAUAAACACAGCUCUGACCCCACUAUCGCAGACCUCGCUAACAAUCAAACGAGAAAUGGUAAAAUUGACUAGCACUACACUCUCCGCGUUGGAGCAGAAAGUCAAUGGAGUGAUCCAGAGGACUAUCGACAGUACGACCCCCCGCCCCAACAAUCCUUCUUUAGCCUCCUACUGACCAACAGCACAGUUGUCCUUGCGCACAUAGCCCUCCUCCUCAACAAGCAACGUAAAGCCGACUUCAAACCUCGCGACGAUGAAGUCCGCUUAACAACCCUCCAAACUCCCGUAAUCAUCUCCUAUUACCUUCCCUACUACACCCCUCCCAACUAACAAGAAACCAAGACCUGCAUCUCAACAACGGCUUUCCUCGAAAAACUAACCCAAACCGCCACCACCUCCCUCGACGGCGCAAACCUCGCCCACUUCCUCACCGAAAUAAGCCACGGCUUUCGCACCGCCCUGCUAGAGCACCUCAAACGCCACGCGGUAAACCAAGCUGGCGGCAUAAUGCUCACCAAGGACCUAGCAAAGUACCAAGAAGUCGUGAAUUCCUGGAAGAUACCCGCUGCGCGGGAUGCAUUCGAGAUAGUCACCGAGAUUGGAACGCUGUUUGUCGUGAGGCCCACGGCAGUGAGGGAGAGGAUGAGGGAUGGGGUGCUGGUUAAGGUGAAACCACAUCUUCUGAAGUCGUAUUUGAGUCGCAGGGAGGAUUAUGCCUCGGCAGGGAUUGAGAAGAUGGUUUGUUAUGCUUCGGUGAUUCAUAAGGCUGGGUAUGGUGGCUAAUUCUUGACGUAGUUAGCGAGUGAACUCUAGAGGUAUAGGACUCUGCAAGAGGAAUGUGUCUAGUGGCAUACGCUUCCAGUGCACGACCUCGUGGUUUGGAUGGGAUUGAAAUAUACUCACAUUUUGGAACCAGUUGCACUCACGGAUGA